AUUUGUGUGAUACGGUUGAAGUACAGUUGAUUAUUAAUUAUUCUAAUACCUAAAUACAGUUGAGAAAGUGCUGGAAUCGAGAAAACACGUGUUUGUGAAAGAAAACUGAGCAGAAACUUAAUUCACUUCGCAAGCUUCGCAAAAACGUCAAACGACUAACGACAAUCUAAGAUGGCAUUUGCUGUGCUGCGAAAUUGCGUGCGAUUUUCCACACCUUCUUCAUCUUCGAUGGGCAAACGCUUGCUGGUGGAACGAAACUUGACCUCGCUUGCUGCGAUCAACUUGGUUCCUCAUCAUCAACAGGGUAAAACGUCACCAUUACACGUGGUAAAAACCCAGAAAUCAUCAAUCGCGGCCAACACUCGACCAAGCUUCCUAUCUACAAACGUCAGACAAUAUUCGAAGAAAAGCAAUCGCCCGGAACGGGCCUACGAAAGUGACUCGGAUUCCGAUUCAGAUGACGAACGCAGCCCUCGGGUUGAGCGGAAGAUCAAGCAACGGCGUGAAAGGGGAACCAGUGAAUUCUGGCGCCGGAAGAUGCGCACCCUGCACGGCCUGCUGGACGUCAAUAACGACGGAGUGAUUUCGUACGACGACUUCCGGCUGCUGACCGAGAAGUUCGGAUCGUUGGGCCAUCUGGAUGACCGCGCAAAGGACGAAUUCAGGGAAAUCAUGAAAAGCACCUGGACGGAACAGUGGGGAGAAAUCACACCGUACAAUUUGAUUACGGUGGAGCAGUAUCUAGCCGAUAUGCACCACGUGGUCAACGAUAAGGAUUUGCGCCGGAAGGUGCACCGAUUUUUGCCUUAUCUUUACAGGGCCGUCGACAAGGAUCAUUCGGGGGCGAUUUCUCUGAAUGAAUUCAAACUAUUUUUCCGUUGUCUCGGAUUGACCGAGGAAAAUGCCGCCGUUUCGUUUGCAGUCAUCGAUAAGAAUGGUGACGGUCAGAUUACGCUGGAUGAGUUUAUCAAACUGGGACGGGAUUUCCUUCUGACCGAAAAUGAGGCAAACGCUUCGAGACUGUUCUGGGGCCCAUUGGUGGAUCAUUGAAAUUUUUAAUACACAUUGACUUAAUUUGUUUUUCCAGAAUCACAGCUAGAGUUAAGCAAAACAUAGCAACU